CGUAUUUUAUUUUCAGUCAUUUUGUUUAUAAACAGUGGGAAAAUUGAAAGAAAACUGUUUUUACAAUAUUUUUUAUAGUUUUAAGUGCAUAAAUUAACAUAUAAUAACGUUAUAUAGCCCUUACUUUUGCGUGAAAGUAGUAGUCACUACUAAACGUGUGUAUUGUUUACAAAAAUAUGAAUUUCAUUGCGAACAUGUUCUUAUAACCUAGUGGAUGUAAGUCGGCUGUACCAGUAGUUGAUAUGAGGAAGUUUAGGUUGAAUAAUCAGAGUAUUACAGCAUGUCUUCACUCAUGAACGCGGUGCGCCAGUAUCUGGCGUCUCAGCACAUGUUCGUUGUCGACGAUUGGCUAUCGGGAUGUGUGGAAUAUCUAUCUGAGGAUACAGAAAACAAUUAUAGCGAGGAUGAUAUUAAGAAGUUAGCGAAGGAACAAUGGUUGUUAAAUGAUUUGAAGGAGAUAUGCCCUGGGUCUCUGCCAGUAAACCUCAACGGGCAGAUGAAGACGGUGCUCAAUGGACGAUUUGUACUGCAGAUCAAUGCUGUCAUGGAUAUAGGUACCCCAGCUUACCAGCAGUACUUGAAGUUACAAAAGGUGAACAUGGAGAAUGUGGAGGCAACCACCAACUAUGAAGAUAAGAUCUCCAGUCAUAGGAUGCUGAAAUUAUACAUGACAGAUGGUGUACAGGAGAUAACAGCUUUAGAAUACAAACCAAUGAGGAACCUUAGCUGUGACAUCACUCCUGGUUGCAAAGUACUUGUAAAAGGUCCAGUAGAAUGUCGGAGAGGGCAGCUAUUAUUAACAGAGAGUGCCAUAGAGUUACUAGGUGGAGAGGUACAGGAGAUAGUAAUAUCCAACUCAUUAGCAGGGCAACUGUCUGCUAAGUUAGGGUUACCUAUGACUCAAGAAUCAGACCUCAACUCAACAAUGAACAUGGCGAGAAACACGAACAUACCUACACCACACACAGACAUGCCGCCUCCAUACGUCCAACCACCACCAACAUUGGACCAACAUCGAAACAUGGAUGAACCACCACCCUUUGCUGAUGAUGAAAUAGAUAUAGACCAAUUAGCUGCUUUAGAAGAACAGCUAGUAGACAUACCUGCGAAAAGACCACUAGAACCUCAAACACCGAACCCAGGGAAGAAAUUAAAAACGGAAACUGCAAACCAAUCCUUCGACUAUCCAGAUGAUAAUGACUUAUUCUUGGGAGAAGAUGAAGACUAUCUUAGGGAACUCGAAGCUCAAAUAGAUGCAAGCGAUAAUGAAGUUGUUAUGUCACAGAAUAAGGGUGAUAAUCCCGUGUCAGCAGACCCUUUUGUUUAUAUAAAGCAGAUUAAAGAUUUGAGUGACAAUGAUAGAUUGGGGAAAGUGUUUAGAGUGAAGGGGCAAAUAAUGAGUUUGCUGUCUAAAUUGUCUGUGGGGAAAGAUGGGUGGAGUCUGAAAUGUACCAUUGUGGAUGGUACUGGGAGUCUAGAUGUGGAGUUCACGAGUGAUGUACUGUCCAAGUUGGUUGGUUAUACGCCUCAAGAAAUGAGUGCGAACAAAAAGCUGUUUGCUACAAGGCCGGAUUUGAAAGAGAAGACUAUUUCGGGUUUACAGAAAGCAAAGGACACCCUACAAGUGUUAUAUUGUAUCAUAGAGCUGACAUUACUGGAUGUGCCUAAAAUAACCAAUAUCACACCUUUCGACGCCUCACACGUCGACCAGCUGAAUAGGAGGAAUAUGAGCUGAUUAUAUAUUUUAUCUAUUCCAGUUUCUAAGUACUUUUGUAAGAGAAAUGUAAAUAAUAAAGAUUAUAUUUAUUUUUUUAUAAA